AUGUUCACAUGGUCACCAUCUGACAUGUUGCUCCCUAUUCUAAGUAAGCAGGUCAAUGUUGCAAACAUGGAAGAGGCUGAAGAGCGAGCGGCCGAAGAGGCAGUAGUCAAAGAGGAUGGAGCAAAGGAGAAAUGGUGGCAGAUGUCUCGGAGCACACAGGUGAAGCUACUGAAGGUGUGGCUGAUUUGGCAAAUGUCAAAGAGGCUGUAG